AUGUCGGGUCGUCCAAAGCGUAAAGCAACUAAUAGGGCUUACAAUGACACCAUUGAUGAGUCUAUAUUUGAGGAACAACCUCAAAUCUCAAAAUCAGCAUCAGGAAGCAUAAAGAAGAGGUCGAAGAAGAAGGAGAAUAGUAACACCAGCAGUAAGAUAGGUACUCCAGCUUCAGAAAAUUCCCAAGACCUCAAAGCAGCAAAUGACAAUAUACCAAACGGCAUAUCAGCCGGAGGAUCUAGCACUUCCAUCCCCUACAAUUGGCAGCCCAUGCCAGAACCUGUAGAUUACUUUUCGCAUAAAUUAAAUUUGAAAGCAGCGUUUGUCGAUGUUACUACUCAGACGCUAUCUUGCCCAAACCAACCCUUAAUUCCCCAAACUUAUAAUGAUUCCUUCCAACCUGUAAAUACCAAUAAUAAAAGAAGAAAAUAUGUUGCUAAUAAGGAAAUGUUCACGAUUAAAAAGCAUGAUUUUAUAUACAUGGUAAGCGAGCCUCCAGGAGAACCAUACUAUAUUGGUUCAGUUAUGGGAUUUACCAAGAAGGAAGGUUCCUCCACUAAAUAUCAGGAUAGUAUUAAAGAUACUACUAAUAGUAAUAAGAAUCUGGGGGCCACGACGGGUAAUAAUUAUGAAGAUGCUGCUAACUAUGUUUUCAAAAUUCAGUGGUACUAUCGUCCAAGGGACAUCUCUAAAUCAACCUCCGAUUCUAGGUUACUUUAUGCCUCUAUGCAUACAGAUACCUGCCCACUACUGAGUUUUAGAGGAUUAGCUACGGUAAAGCACAAACAGGAUAUUGAAACUGGUUUAGUUCCCGUCCGUACCAGAAAUGAAAAUGGUACCGGCGCCAAUUCCAAUGGCAAUGGUAACUCAUCUUCGAGUUCCUCAUCCUCUCUGCCUUCUCCAACCACUCCCCUUGAAUUGUACUCUCAGCAACCAAAUUGUUUCUACUUUGAUAAAUUAUUCGAUAGAUAUAUGGUCAAGUUCUACGAUAUAAUACUGACGAAGAGUUUACUAAUUGAAUCUAAGAAUAAUGACAAAAACCAAAACUUUUUAAAAGCACUCAACAAAAGAUUCGAGUUCAUAUUCGUGGAAGGAACUAUAGCUAAGGCCUUCAUCAAUAGCUUUUCUUUGUCUUCUUGUAAUUGCGAAAAGUGUGGCCAGUGGUGCUCCAAUCAAGACUCAGUCAACUGUGUUGUCUGCAAUAAUCAUUAUCAUAUGCAUUGCCUAGAUCCGCCUUUACUAAAGAAGCCAAGUAGAGGAUUCUCUUGGUCAUGUGCUUUAUGUACUAAGAAGCACGAGAUGGAACAUCAGCGGAAGAAGAUGAUUAUGUUAUCUCAUGAUAAUAAGCUGUCCAAUGAAAUGCAAUUGACCAAUGAACUAAGUUAUAUAAGCUCUCCUGUCUCAGAAGCAGAGGACCAGGAUCAAGAAGGUGAAGGCGAUGGGAUUGAAGAAGAAGAAGAGGAAGAAUUGGAUGGUUUUGCUAAUUCGUCUUCAUUGGUGGACGGAUUACCCAAAUUUGAGUCGAUGGCAAAAGAAUUUUUAAAAUUAGAUUCGAAUUUAAGUCUCGAGCAGAGAAGAAUCAAAGAAGAGUGGAAUAUGAGAUACUUAGGUAUGCACGCGAGGCUUGAAGAUGGUGUUGACAUUGAAGAUAGAUCGCCAUACCCUAGGGCCCUGACGAGAUUAGGUGCUAGGCAUCAAGCUAUUAAUAUACCUGAGUACGAAGACCAUCCUAUAAUAUAUUAUGAUAAUGAAAAAACAUUAAGUGUGGCUAACGGUAAUAGCAAGAGAAAAGUCAGUAAGAAAGCACGGAAAAACAACAAUUAUUCGGAUGUCAAUGAAGCAGAGGAGGACCCUGCAUUUAUUAAGUUAGAAGUACCAAAAGAAUUUGAAGACCUUCCAGCAAGCGACUACCCUGAUUGGUUGCAACCUAGACCCAAAGGCUAUUUAGAAAGAGGCGAAGACGAUGGUGAAGGUAGAACUUGUACUUUAUUAUACAAACCAGCAGUUGAGGAUAUCGAUGACAAUUUUCAGAAGCUAGACAGAUAUGUUGAAAUGUGCUAUCCUAUAGCUGAGAAGAAGUUACGUAUAAUACCAACAACUCCUAAUUUUAUGGAUGCAAUUUUGAAAACAUAUAUGGAAAGUAGAGGCAAUGUGGAAGGCUCGCUUAAAAUAGUAAACUCUUUCACUAGAGACAGUUUAGCUGAGCCCACUUUGACCAAGGAAGAGAUUAAGAAAUUUGAAGAUGGGGUUAGGAAAUACGGAAGUGAAUUAUACCCCACAUUCAAGGAGGUAAAGUCUCAAUCGUGUGCAAUGAUUGUAAGAUAUUAUUACUUAUGGAAGAAAACAGCGAACGGAAGAAAAAAUUGGGGUAAUUUUGAAGGAAGAAUUCAAAAGAAACUUCAAAAUAUUAAAGAGGAAGAAAAGGUUUCGAAACCUGCAACAGAGAUUGAUUUCUUGGCUAGUACCGAAGACGAUUCCUCAUAUGAAAAUGAUCGUAUUCAAAAGGCUAAGAAUAUCAUGACUUGCAAGCAUUGCUCUACGCAUCAGUCUAUUCUUUGGUAUAGAAUUACGGGGCAUGAUGCAAACCCAAAGUCUGGAAGCUCUAAUGAUAAAACUUUAGGUUUGUGUUUUCGUUGUGCGAGAAUAUGGAGAAGAUACGCAGUGGUAUGGGAAGAUCCUCAAGAGGUAAAGAAGAAGAAUACAAGAGGAGCAGGUGGUUGGAAGAAGAAGGUUGAAUACGAACUUGUUCGAGAUGCAGAGAAGUUAUUUCGAGAAAGUCAGAAACUCGGUGGUGGGUUUAAUUACAAUGUUGCAAUUCCUGAGACAAGUGUAUUGACACCUCCUGUACUACCAGGCUCUACUACCAGCUCCAGGAAGUCAAGCAAACCAAGCAAUAGCACUAAGAAAAGUGUCACUUCAACAACUAAGGGAGACGAACCUCCAAAAAAGAAACGAAGCAUUGCUAAGAAAAAUGAUACAUCCAAGACCACUUCUGCAUUAGCUUCAACUGAAUUGAAGUUGGAAACUGAACCGAAAUCUCUUGAGGCAACGUCCGCUUCGGCACCCCCUUUGAAAUUAAAAGCAAAGAAAGCUUCAGCUCCGAAAGUAUCGGCUAUCGAGAAAAAAACCGUCAAAUCUAAUUCUAAAAAUGCCAAUUUGGCUUCCAAUAAAAAGGAAGUAAUUGCAAAAGCAUCUUCUAAAUCAGUAUCAUCCUCAAGUGCGAGCGCUAACAACUUAAAUAAGCAAUUUAAAGCACAGGACAGUACGAAUUCUAAUGGGAAACGUAAACGUAAUGCAGAACCAAUCAAAAAGGCUAUUAAAAAACGAAAGGACUCUGAUGACAAAGAAGCCCCAGAAGAAUUACAGGUCCCAGUUCCGAAAAUUGAAAAAGCUGUGGCAAAGAAAGCGAAAAAGGCUAAACCUACUAUUCCAAACUUAUCAGAAUCCAAUAAUGGCUCUUCAGAUAAUACUAGCGCUGUUGUCACCAAUGUUCACCUUUUAAGUAAGGAUGCUUCAAAUGACGUUCUUCUUGCAAAUUCAAAUAAGAAUUACGUCAUGAUAAAGUUUAACAAAAAAGGGGAAAAGAAAUUGACUAUGACUAGGGAUAUCCUUAAAAAUACUAUAGAUCAAUUUCGCCCGAGACAAUUACUUGAGGUUGGAGCUCAAUUGCCGGCAUAUCAAAUUCCUGCUGGAACUGUCGUAGAUUUACCUUUUUCUGUGAAGGAAAGAAAUUGUUCAGUUUGUCAAGAAGUAGAUGCACGGGAAGAGAGCGUAUUGGAGACAUUAAUUUGUAGUAACUGUGGUGUCAAUGUGCAUGCUUCAUGCGUAGGCGCUAGCAUAUCUAGUUCUAUUGUCAAGCCAGUAAAAGAGUGGUUGUGUGAACCAUGUGUCAAUGACCUAAAUCCUCAAUUUUCAACUUUAUAUUCCUGUAGUUUGUGUUUGGCAAAUGAAUCUAAUUACGAGCUAACCAUGCUAGGAUCCAAUAAAGUGAGACCUGACUUCUUGAAACCAAUAUCAGAUUCAGGUAAAUGGUGCCACUUACUAUGUGCAUUGUUUAAUUUUGAGUGUAUCAGCUUCAAAACUUCGCCAAAACGGGAGCGAGCAAAGGUAGAUAACUUUCCCAAAAUCGAUGCUUCAACUGGCAGGAUAAGCAAUUCUUGUUCAAUAGAAAGCGCAUCUGAAGUCUAUUUGAAAGGCUACGAUACUAAAUGUGGAAUUUGUCGUUCUGGAAAUGGGUCAUUGAUUGAGUGCGAUUUGUGCGAGAGUAAAGCAGGAUCAGUGGGGGAUGGAUCUGCGGUUAAAUACCAUCCUACUUGUGUUCAAGAUGCUUCCAAAUUCAGCAUUGGAUUCAAGAUACUGGUAGAGAAGACUCACAUCAAUGUAGACAAAGAAAUAAGGCUUGUUAAGAUAGGUGAGUUAGUCGGUAGGCUAAAACCAGUUAUUAGUUGCCCUAAACAUCAUGACUUGAAAAAUACGAAUUUUUUCAAUUUUAGAGACAUUGGUAAACGAGUUAAUACAGGAGAAGAGAAGCCAGUAAUUCAUUUGUUUAUUGAAGACAUCCUUAAAGCAAUCGAUCCCUCAAGUAAGUUGACCGGACCUCAAGCGAAGGCAAAUAAUUACAUUAAACUAACGACAAUGUUUGAGAGAAGCGAGAAAAAGAGAGAAGAAAGAACAUAUUUCAGAGUUUUGAAACAGCAUGAAGGUUCAAAUAAGAAUCACAUAGCAAAGGUUUGCAAAAAGUGUAAAGUUAAAGUGUCACCGAUGUGGUGGCCCAUUGGGACUUCUACAGUAGUCAAUGGGGAUUCACACGAUGAUUCUUCAUUUAGUACUUCGAAUGGCAGCGUGAAUGGAGUCGGAGAUACAAUUGUUUCUGCUGAUAUCCCUAAAAUAGAUCAAUUUUAUUGCCAAGUAUGUUAUCAUGACGAGCAAGAAAGUGAAGAAGAUGAGGCCAAGGAAGGAAGUAAGUCUCCUCCUGCAACACAGAGCCAAAGCUUGUUAGAAAUGUUAAGUGAACCAUUAACCGCAGAAAAAUUUGGCUUAAAAAGUAAUACAGAUAAAUUGCCAAUUAGCAGUUUUGGGAGGUCGGCCAUAUCUUUAGGCGAUAUACUUACAUGA